AUUUCGAAGAUGGUGGGCAAGAGCUGGCAGGAGGCGAAGCUUAUGUGGCACAUCGCGUUCCCCGUGAUCCUCACCAUCGUGUGCAAUUCCUCCAUUGGCUUUGUCACCUCUGCCUUCGCCGGCCAUAUCGGCGAGGUCGAGCUCGCUGCCGUGACGGUCUCCAGGAACGUCAUCGAGGGCUUCGCCUACGGAGUUCUGAUGGGCAUGGGCAGCGCGCUGGAGACGCUGUGCGGGCAGGCCGUCGGCGCGGGUCAGGUAGACAUGCUGGGCGUCUACAUCCAGCGGUCCUGGAUCAUCUGCGGUGCCACUGCGCUGGCGCUGGUCCCGACCUACGUCUUCACGGCGCCGAUUCUCCAUGCGCUCCACCAGCCCGCCGCCAUCUCCGCCGUGGCGGGGCCGUACACGUGGUGGGUCCUCCCGCAGUUGUUCGCCUAUGCUGCCAACUUCCCCCUGCAGAAGUUCUUCCAGUCGCAGAGCAAGGUGUGGGCCAUGACCUUCAUCUCCGGCGCGGCGCUCGCCGUCCACGUCGCGCUCAACUUUGUCUUUGUCACGCGUCUCGGCUACGGCCUCUUCGGCGCCGCCAUGAUCGGGAACGUCACCUGGUGGAUCAUCAUCGCGGCGCAGUUUGCGUACCUUGUCUCCGGCUGCUUCCCAGAGGCGUGGAAGGGGUUCUCGCUGCUCGCGUUCAAUAACCUCGCCGCCUUCCUCAGGCUCUCCCUCGCCUCCGCCAUCAUGCUCUGCUUGGAGCUGUGGUACUACACUGCAGUUAUCAUCCUUGUGGGUCUACUGAAGAAUGCCCAACUCCAGGUUGACGUCAUGUCAGUUUGCAUCAAUUACGAGCUCUGGACCCUGAUGGUGGCACUAGGCUUCAACGCAGCAGUCAGCAUUAGGGUGUCAAACGAGCUUGGCGCCAACAGGCCCAAGGCGGCCAAUUUCGCCGUGAUCAUGGCGGCGUCGACGUCCGCCACCAUUGGGGUGGUGUUCCUGGCCGUGUUCCUUAUCUGGAGGACGGAGCUUCCGCGGUUCUUCAGCGACAAUGAAGAGGUGGUGAGAGAAGCGGCAAAGCUGGGCUACCUUCUUGCAGCAACCAUCUUCCUCAACAGCAUCCAGCCCGUGUUCUCAGGCGUGGCGAUAGGAGCAGGGUGGCAGUCGCUUGUGGCAUUCAUAAACAUUGGGUGCUACUACUUUGUUGGCCUUCCACUGGGAGCCCUCUUUGGCUUCAAGCUUAAGCUUGGUGCACUGGGGAUUUGGGUGGGCAUGUUAAUUGGUACGCUUCUACAGACUGCUGUACUUCUCGUAAUUUGCAUUAGAACCAAGUGGGAGAAGCAGGCUAUGUUGGCCGAAGAGAGGAUCAGGGAGUGGGGAGGAAGCAGUGACACAUUGCCAGCGACGACAACGAUGACAGUAAGAAAUUUACAAGGUAAGAAAUUUGGAACCAGGCUGUUCGCGGUCGCCGCUCAUGCUUCCAUUGGUGACGGGAAGGUCGCCUCCUUCUGGAAGGACAGCUGGGUCGACGGUCGAGCUCCCUUCCUCAUCGCGCCAAGGCUCUUCAAAGCCUCCCGCCGCAAAUGUCGGUCGGUGACGGCGGCCCUAAACGGCGGCAAGUGGAUCCUUGACCUCCGAGGGCGUGUCACGGCUGACUCCCUGUCGGAAUUCGUGGACCUUUGGGACCGAGUCCGCCGGGUCAACUUGGUGCAGGGCACCUCUGACUCCUUCGUUUGGCGUUUCUCUGCUGACGGCGUGUACUCCUCCAAGUCGGCAUACCGACUUCAGUUUUGUGGCGCCACUUCAUCUCACUUCGUCAAGCUCAUUUGGGAUGCGACGGCUGCGCCCAAGUGCCGCUUCUUCGGGUGGUUGUUCGCGCAAAACAGGCUGCUGACGGCUGACCGCCUCAUGGCGCGCCGGUGGCCAAACUCCUACUUCUGCCCCUUGUGUCGGCGGAGCCUCGAGACGGCCAUCCAUCUGCUUGUGGAGUGCCCGUGGGCGCGGCGAGUCUGGGCUGCUGUGGCGGACGCUCAACGCCUCCCCGCCCUCUCUCCGCUCACUUGGGCAUGCCCUCGGCCACGCUCGAGUGGAUCGCAUCCACUAUCGCCGCAGCAUUGGUGCGCGAUCGCAAGCGCACAAGAUCAGUCCUGUUGCUGGUGUUAUGGGAGAGGAACCGACGCAUUUUCGAUAGCAAGGAUAGGCCGGUUUCAGUUGUCGUAG